GGAGCGUGCGCAGUGCGGAGCGGAUACCUCAUUGCACCAGGCCUCUGCUGUCACCUCAGUGCCAACUGCUUAAGGAAGAGGAGUUACUUGAGCUGAAAUAGAUUGCACUGGAGCAAACAUCACUGCCCAAGCAGGACCAGCUGUACCCUCCCCGAGUUCUGCUGGUGGCAAUGUCUCCUUGGGCCGGGCUCCUCUCCACCACUGCCAGAGUCAGCCUGCUGCUGCUGCUGGGGUCUGUGCUCUUCUCCUGCUCCAGCCUGGGCCACAGAGAGUUUGCCCUUACAAAAAUAGAAGAGAGCAACAUAAAAGAUGACAGUGGGAAGGAGCCGGGGACAGAGGAUGACGCUGAUCCUGAAGACCUGGAAGUGUUUUACCCCACGGAUCAGUGGCAAACCCUGCGUCCAGGUCAGGCUGUUCCUGCAGGGUCACACGUGCGGCUGAACCUGCAGACAGGAGACAGAGAAGCCAAGCUGCUAGACAGAGAAAAUGGGGAAAGUGACAUGAGAGAAGAGAGAAGAAGGAAAAGGCUGGACACGGUUGGUGUUGAUGCAAAUUCAUUCACAUCUGAGGAGCUCAAAAAGGCCUUGGCUAAAAUGAAGGAAAGUGAGAAGGCAGAAAGGAAGGCCCGAGAGGAAGAGGUGAGGAAGAAGUUCCGGCCCAUAGAACAGCUGAAGGAGGAGUUUGAAAAGCUGAACAUGAAGAUAGAAACAGAUUAUGAAAUUAUGGUUAAAUUAAUCAGCAAAUUCAACAGCUCUGCCUCCACGCUGGAUGAAAAAGUCGCGGCGCUUUAUGAUCUUGAAUAUUAUGUUCACCAGGUGGACAAUGCCAAGGAUUUCCUGUCCAUGGGUGGGCUCCAGCUGGUGAUCGAGGGGCUGAACAGCAGUGAGACCUCACUGAAGGAACAUGCUGCCUUCGUCCUGGGAGCUGCCCUGUCCAGCAACCCCAAAGUGCAGAUUGAAGCCAUCGAGGGGGGUGCCCUGCAGAAGCUCCUGGUUAUCCUGGCCACAGAACAACCCCUGGCUGUCAGGAAGAAGGCUCUCUUUGCUUUGUCCUCCAUGCUGAGGCAUUUCCCCUAUGCCCAGCAGCAGUUCCUCAAGAUGGGUGGCCUCCAGGUGCUCAGGAGCCUCUUCCGGCAAAAGGGGAUGGAGCCCCUCCAUGUCCGUGUGGUGACACUGCUCUACGACCUCAUCAUGGAGAAGAUGCUGCUUGAGGACUCCCAGCACGGAGAGCAGAUGGAGGAGAAAAUCCAGCAGUACCAGCAGGUCAGGCUGGUGCCGGCGGUGGUGGAGCAGGGCUGGUGUGCCCUGGUGCCCAAUCUGCUGGCUAUGCCCGAGCACGACACCCGUGAGAAGGUCCUCAAGCUGGUGGGGGUGCUGGUGGCCUUCUGCAGGGAGCACUACCGGGGGGACCCCGCCCUGGGCACCACCCUCAGCCUCCUGCGCAGUGAGUACGAGGAGCUGGCGGCUGAGGAGCAGAGGGAAGGGGACAAGGACGGCUACUUCAGGGAGCUCCUGGGCUCUAUUAACACUAUCAUCCAGGAACUGAGGUGAAACUGAGGGUUCUGUCCAAUUCCAGGGAGUUCAGGGUGACAGCAAGUUUGGAUGGCACCGGUGCAGGUGCACUUUGGAAUAAACUGCUAGACUAAACGAGAUCCCAGCACUGUGUGCCAACAACUUUGUUAUUAAAAUACAUUGGGGUGUGGGGAAUGUCUUGUUCUCAUGGCAUACUGCUGGAAGAACGGAGUUGCACAAUGGAGGGAACAAGCUGGGGGCUCAGCUGGGGAAUUUGGGAUUUGCAGAAAGGGAACAAGUGGUGUUCCUGUGGGGGUCAUGCUUGUGUCACUCUCAGGAGGGGAUGUUUGAAGCCCUGCACUUCUUCCAGGCCUGGCAGAGCCCAGCUGGUCCCUUCCAUCCUCCAGCCCUUGCAGGGCUCUGCCACCAAUGCCACCAGAUCCAUCCCCACCUGUGACCCUGCAACCACUGGGCUUUGUGCUCAAAUAUUUAUGGCUCCCUUAUACAGCGUGUUACUUGUCACUGUUAAGUAGCAGGGCUGAUUAUAACUAUUGAUUCUUUUUUGAUCUUUCUCUUUUUGGGGUUUUAGGCUGUUUUUCCGGCAUUAAUUUUUUUCCUAUUUUUAUCUGAAAUGCAUUUCCCAGCCAGCCUUGCCAAGACUUUGCUUUGUAGGUUUAAAAAAAAAUAUAUAUAUAUAUAUCUGAUGGUAACAGCUAGGACAAGGAUGGGAAGGGGCUUUUCUGCUGGAAACCUGAGCCUCUGGAGUGAUGCCAGGCCAGCCAGGGAUCCAGCAGAACUGGAGGGGAUCAGCACAGGGAUUUCUCAGCCCCUGCCUAGUUUUGUCACUGUGUCACAGCUGGAUUUAAGGUGGGGAUUGUCUAACGCCUCCUUAGGGAAUGAGCCAGGGAGAAAGCCACCAGCAGCCCUCCCUGUCCAACCCUAAAGCCAAAACCCAAUUUGCUCUUCCUUAAAGUCUUAAACCUGACAAGUUUUUGAGCAGAGGCUCACGGGAUGCCUGUGCUGGCCCUGGGGAUGGAAAGGUGCCCGUGGGCCUCCAGGACAGCUUUGGAGGGAGCAAGUGGUGGCUCCUGGUCAGUGCCACUUGGUGCCAGCCCUGGGAUGGCCCCUGUGGCCUGGGAUAGCCCCUGUGGCCUGGGAUGGCAGCAAGAAGUGCCCAGGAAGGUCCCGGUCCCCCUGGGCUGUUUCCCGCACACCGGCAGAGUGACAGCCAAGGAUGUGGAGCACUCAAAGGAGGCCAAAAAAUUACAAUAAAUAACAAUUUCCUGGCAGUGCUGCUCCUGAGGCACUGGGCCCUGGCAGGGCACUCUGGGGCAGAGGCUGUGUGAGGUCUUGGGCAGUGCUGCCGUCAGGGACCCCACACCCACACAGUGCCCCCUGCCCAAAGGGCUCCAGGCUCUGCAGGGGGGUCACGAGCCCAAAGAAGGGUGGCCAGAGGGACCCCCUGGGCUGUAGCCACCCCCUCUCUGCAGCUCCUGCAGGUCUCAGGAGUCAUGUCCAAGCACUGGCAAUGCAGCCAGUAGCACGGGGAGGUGGUGACAGCAAUGGAACUUCGGAGGGCACCAAGAGCUGUGCCACGGUCAGCUGUGGCCAAGACUCAGCCUUGGGGGCUGCAGCCCAUUCCUCCGUGUGCAUGGCCAUGUAUCCUCAGAGGGAGACAGAGAAGUGCAGGCGAGCCCUGGGCUGCCUUCCCUGGCCAUAAAUGACAGCCCAGGCCGGUGUCCCCACUAAUGACAGCUUUGUGUCCCAAAUGGCGCUGCUGGUCCACAGCCCGGGGUAAUGACAGGGCUGCUGCAGCUGCCUGGCCCUCCCCCAUCAGGGCCAGGGCCAGGGCUGGGCCAUCCUGCCCCAGCCCCUGUGCAGAGCCAGCCCCCCUCUGCUGGGAAUCCCCCAAAUUCCUGCAGGCACGGAGCAAAGGCAGGGCUGGAGCAGCCCCAGGGGUGGGAGGUCCUGCGGCAGAUGGAAACCUUGGGUAGGGCUCACUGGACCCCUUCCCAGGCAGGUCUGGGAGGUGGGAUGGGCACUUCCAUCCUUAAUUUUGGAGCUAACAGGGCCCCCCCAUUCCUCGAGCUUCAAGAGGGGCUCAAGUGUUAGGCGCUGCCGUCACACAGGUGGCCAGGCCAGGACCAGCUCCCGCUCCUUCCCCUUGCACCCCAAGAGCAUCAGGAGGGCCUUGCUGGCUCAGCCUGAGCUCCCCAAAUCCUGGCAGCCUUUAGGCAGGGAAGGGCUCAGAGCAGAGUCCAGGGGCUGUGUCUCCCUGGGGCACUCCCCAGCCCCCACCAUCCGCAGCGCCGAUGUGCCUUACUGGAUUUUUCCUUUUCUCACCCCAUUGUUGGGGUUUUGAAUGCACUCGCUCCUCCCCUCCCUCUCUGCUCUCUCCUCAAUUUUAUGUUUGACGUUUGGCUGCCGUGGCCUGGUCUGGACCCAGCACCCGUGUAAGCAAACACAGCACGGGGUGCCCCGCUCCCCUCUCCUAUCCCGCUCCCGGCACAUCCCAAAGGCGCUGGGAGCAGGGAGAGCUCGGAGUGGGAAAGGCGCUCAUUAACGACCAUUAAAUCGUGGCACGGAAACUUCACACACAAUUAAAGAGGCAUAAAUUCAACGUGGCUCCAUUCACCGCGGGAUUGAAUUAAGAGCACUUGAAAUCUGGAAUAAGACUUAUCUCCUGAGGAUUUAAUAUGGUUUCACUAAUACACAUUAGAAGAUAAUGUGGGUUCAACUUCCUGAGAUCCCUGCACUGCCAGGUCUGCCGGGCUCUGGCACAGACCCAGCAAAGGUCCUGUCCCACUGCACUGCAAAAAAACCCCAGACCGAAAUAUCUUCACUGCAAAAACCCCCCCAAACCCCCCAGCAAGUACUCCGGCAUGUUCCAGGCGAUGCCUGGGGAGCAGCCGUGGGGAGCUGGUGAGUAGGGAAAUCCCACAGCCCUUCCCUGCCCAAAGCCACGGCAGGUGCCCCAUCUCCCCGGAGGGCAGGGAAUUGGGAAGGUGGGGUUUGGCUCCUCGCUCACCGCCGGAGCCGAGCAUCGUCCUCCGGCAGCGACAGCGACAGCGACAGCACGAGCCCUUCCCCAGCGCUUAAUUACAUGGAGCAGUAAUUACUGUAAUUCUCUCCAAUUGGCUCCCUAAUAAAGUCACAGCUUCGCUGGCGGCCGGACCCCCUCGCCGAGCCGCUGCUCCAGCGCCGCUUUCACGCACAGGGCUGGAAUUUUCUGACACGGGAUCGGCGCUUUUGGGUUUUGAACUCCUGGGUCUUGGGCUGGUGCUGAGCAACCCGGAGGUGCCGGCGGGACCAGGAGCGGGGCUGGAGCGGGGGCUGGGGUCGCUCCGGGAUGAGGAACUGCCCUGCCCCGCCCCGGCUCGGGGCUCUCCUGCCGCGCUCUGGCCCCAGCCCCGCCGUCACCACCCCGUCCCCAGCUACUGGAAUUGGGACUUCAUGACACAAAAUCCCCCCUCUUCUAAGGGGAGAGUGUUACACCAAUUAAAGUGUUACACCAAUAACGAUUCACGUCGAUGCCCUUCUCUGCUCCAAACCCAAACGCAAUUCCCAGAGGAGCAAUUCCUGGGUACAAAGAAAAUGUGAGUUGAGGUUUUUCCGCCUCCUGUCCCCAUGGCGUUCCUGCUGCUCCUGCACCCCCCUGGGGCUGUAGCUGUCACCAGGGGAACCACUUCUAAUUUCUUGAUACUCAAUGUUUGUAGCGUAAAUUAAACAAAGAUGUAUUUAAAAGAUAAAUAAGUGUAAAUUUGUCUGUACGUCUUAAUAAAGGUUAUUUUUAAAGCUCAUUAAUAGAUUGUAUUGGAGGGAGGCAUUGGAUGUACUCCCUAAACAGCUCAGGGAACGUCACCUUUAAGACAAUACCAGGAGAAAAAAGCCCCAUAUUGUAGAAAUUUAGUUAAUAAUUUUCUCUAAAAUAAGACCUACAGCCUGUUAACCCUCAAAUGGCAGUGGAGCACAAUUCCCCCUCCGAGCCUGUUUACAUGUUAAGGGUGUAUGAAAAUAGCCUAUCAUUCCACUGUUUAAUAGCUGUACUCAAGAGGCUAAAAUGCUUGAACACAUAAUACAUUUGGCAAAAAUAUCUCAAAAACUAUUUACCUUAAUUACGAUCAGCAUUACAGUAACAUGACAGCAAUAACCUUAAUACAGUAAAUUAUGAGCUGAUUGAGAUAAAUAAAAUUAUAACAUUUCAGUGCCAAGGUUCAGCUCUAAAAUGGAGCUGCAUCUUAGACACUGACUCCAGCCCAGGCUUUUCCAGCUCCACGGGAACAGACACGGUCGUGCUGCCCCGUGCAGGCACCGCUUCCCUGCACUCGACUCGACUGGGAUGUGUGAAACACACUGAAAUUCAUAAAAUUUAAAUAAGACAGUGAAAUUAUACCUUGUAGCUAUAGUUAUCACAAAUAAUGUACAGUCUAAAUUGCAGCCUGAGCAAACACGAUUUCCUGGGUGCCUCUGGAAGCCCAAGGCGGGAUGCAGAGCAAUUAUGAGGAAUGAGCACAAAGCUGAUUUGCAUCUGAAUGGCGGGGGGUGGCGAUGGGCGGGCUGGGCCCGCUCCAUUCACAGCACCACAAUGCACCAGCUGGGAAAAGCAACUUUAUUAGUGUCCCGCAGCAAAAUACAUUAGUAAUUUGUAACCAGGCAUUACAAUUCCCGUCCAUAUCAAAGGGAGCGAUCGGCCGCCCACACCGGGGGAGGUUUCCGCAGGGAUCGGCCCCGGGAGCCCCUCGGGAGGGAGCGGUGCCAGGAGCACAAGGGAACCCCCGGAGGGCUCUGGGGCAGCCCAGGAAAAGCAGCACCACGGCCCCAGGGCACCACCCAGCCCAGCUCCCAACACGAUCCUCAGCAAAGCCCGGCCCAGGCACGGCUGUAGCGUUUUUCCAGCUGUUUUCCAGUUGUGCUCACACAGCCGGUGCCUGCUGCAAUUUCAAACUCCUCUGAGCUUGCUCCCUCUCCACCCCCACUGCAGAUACACUAUCACAUAAAAUACUUUCAUUAAUUUUUUUUUUCAACAAAAAAUCUAAUUUUUCUCUCUUGAUCACCAUGAUAAACUGAGUCUCUGUGUAGCAUGAUCCAGUAUUAGUGUUAACCGUUAGUGUUACUGUAAAAUCCUCUUUGGUUAUAGAAUAUUUCAUUUAAAGCAAGAUUAUAAAAAACAGUUUCCAGCUAGAAAUCCACCCCUGUAAUCUAAAAGCCAUCUAAAUUACCACACUUCUGCAGGCUGAAGAUAUACUGAUAGGACUUAGAAAUUUAAGUAUCUCCCCAGGUAAUCUAAACAAAGUUAUCAAAAUUAUAUUAAGUAAAUACAUUUGGAGGAAUAGUAAA